AUGCCUAUCGAGAUCGCGCCAUUCCAGGAGAUGCUAACACGAUUCUAUGAUGCUUUAGUCUCUACCAUGUUCAAUAAGCUGUCGGGACAGCCAGAGAGUUAUGAGAAGAAAGCACUCUACAAAUUUGGAAGGACACUGGGUGCUGGCACAUAUGGUAUCGUCCGGGAAGCCGAGUGCGGCUCGGGAAAGGUCGCCAUCAAGAUCAUCUUGAAGAAGAAUGUUCGCGGGAACGAACGCAUGGUGUACGACGAGCUGGAAAUGCUGCAGGCCCUGGAUCACCCCCACAUCGUCCACUUCGUGGACUGGUUCGAGUCGAAGGACAAAUUCUACAUUGUCACCCAGUUAGCCACCGGUGGUGAGCUGUUCGAUCGGAUCUGCGAGUACGGCAAAUUCACCGAGAAAGAUGCCUCCCAGACCAUCCGCCAGGUGCUGGAUGCCGUCAACUAUCUCCACGAACGGAAUAUUGUCCAUCGAGACUUGAAACCCGAGAAUCUCCUCUAUCUCACCCGUGAUCCUCAAUCCCCCUUGGUGUUGGCCGAUUUUGGCAUUGCGAAGAUGCUGGAGAACCCCGGCGAAGUCCUCACCACGGUGGCUGGGUCGUUCGGUUACGCGGCGCCCGAGGUUAUGCUCAAGCAAGGUCACGGCAAGGCCGUCGACAUGUGGUCGCUCGGUGUCAUCACCUACACCCUCCUCUGUGGCUACUCGCCAUUCCGAUCGGAGACUCUGUCCGAUCUGAUCGAAGAAUGCCGUUCAGGACGCAUCGUCUUCCACGAGCGCUACUGGCGCGACGUCUCCAAGGACGCUAAGGACUUCAUCCUCAGCCUGCUCCAACCCGAUCCCGCCAAACGCGUCACGUCAGAGGAGGCCCUCAAGCACCCCUGGCUGACCGGUGAGUCCGCCAGCGACCGUGACUUGCUGCCUGAGAUCCGCGCCUAUAUUGCCCGGUCCCGCCUCCGCCGAGGAAUCGAGAUCAUCAAGCUGGCGAACCGCAUCGAAGCACUCAAGAUGCAGGAGGAGGAUGAGGACGAUAUUCCCAGCCCCGCUGAUAUGGCCGCGUCUGCCGAAGCAUCGAGCAAGACCUCCGAGACAUCUGCUUUCCCUCCUCUGGAGGGUACCGAGGCAAAUGGCACCACUUCUCCUGCGUCAGCUGCCGAUGGUGCAGCUGGUGGGACCAAGAAGCGGAGUCUGAGCAAGAUCGCGCGCGGUGCCAUCUUCCGGGAAGUCGUUCUGGCCAAGGUCCGAGAAGCCAAGGAGACCGAAGAGCGGGAGCGAGUUGAACGGGAAGCCCGAGAACGCACUACCCAUGCUUCAUGA